AUGGCCCCACAAGUCGACAUCAAGAAGCUCGCCAUGAUCGGCUGUGGCAGCAUGGGCGGCGGCAUGGCCCUCCUGUUCGCUGAGCACGGCGUCCAGGUCUCGCUCCAAGACCCCUCGGAAGAGGCAAUGGACAAGAUUGUUGCCAAGGCAAAGGACAGUCCGCACAUCCCAGCAGACGGCGUGCGCAAGUUCUCCGACUACGAGUCUCUCUGCGCCUCGCUGGACAGCCCCAAGGUCUUUGUCUUCUCACUGCCGCACGGCGCUGUUGGCGACACGGUGCUGGGCGGCUUGAUGAUGUACCUGGACAAGGGCGACAUCAUCAUUGACGCCGGCAACGAGCACUGGCAAAACACCGAGAGGAGACAGGCCAAGUGCUACACGAGAGGGGUGCGGUACAUCGGCAUGGGCGUGUCCGGGGGCUAUCAAGCCGCGCGACAGGGCCCGAGCAUGUGUCCGGGUGGAGACGACGAAUCGCUGGACCUGGUCCUGCCGUUGCUGAGGAAAGUUGCCGCAAAAGACAAAGCCGGCGCUCCUUGCGUGGGCAAAGCGGGAACGGGGGGCUCCGGCCAUUAUGUCAAGAUGAUGCACAAUGGAAUCGAGCACGGCAUGAUCAGCGCCGUUUCCGAGGCUUACGACCUCAUGAAGAAAGGCUUAGACAUGAGCAAUGAAGAAAUCGGUAGUGUGUUCGAGCAAUGGAACAGCAAGGGAGAGCUGGAAGGAACUUUCUUGAUCUGGAUCAGCGUAGACAUCUGUCGUGCAAGAGACAAGGCUCGUAACGACGAAUACGUGGUUGACACGGUGGAAGACAAAGUGGUGCAGGACAUCACGGGCGAAGAAGGCACGGGCAUCUGGAGCAACGAGCAAGCCGUGGCCCAACACAUCCCCGCCCCUACGCUGACCACCGCUCACUACCUCCGCCUCGCAUCGUCCGACCGCAACCAGCGUGUGCGAGCCCAGCAAACCAUUGGCGGCGGCGGGUUUCCCCCUCAGCGGCUCGAUCUUUCCGGGCAAAACAAGCAGGACUUCCUCGAAGCGCUGCGACGGGCCACAUAUGCCGCCUGCCUGGCCAGCUACAUCCAAGGGGUCAACAUCAUCGAGCGCGCCAACGUGGCCAACCACUGGAACAUCGACUACGGGGCCGUCCUCCAGAUCUGGCGCAGCGGCUGCAUCAUCCAAGCCGACCACAUCGCGAGCCUGCUGCACCCCAUCUUCACCAACCACCGCGCGCUCGACACGAUCAACCUGCUCUUCCAGCCGACGGUCAUGACGGAGCUGGGGGCUUGCGUGCCGGCGUUGCGCGACGUGGUGGUGAAGGCGACGAUGGCGGAUCAUGUCGUACCAGCGCUUAGCGCGAGCUUGGAGUACGCCAAGUACCAGACGAGCACGGAGCUGCCCAUGAGUUUUGCUGAGGCGCAGCUGGAUUAUUUUGGGGCGCACAUGUAUGACAGGAAGGGUGAGGAGGGCACAGGUGCGCCGACCGAGGGCAAGUAUCAUUACGAGUGGAAGCCGGCGAAGAGCUCGAUUGCGUGA